GGUAAUCACUUUGAUCAGUAUGAAGAAGGACACCUGGAGAUUGAGCAGGCGUCUCUCGACAAGCCCAUAGAAUCGGAUAAUAUUGGACAUCGCUUACUCCAGAAACAUGGGUGGAAGCUGGGCCAGGGAUUGGGAAAAUCUCUUCAGGGGAGAACCGACCCGAUUCCCAUCGUUGUCAAGUAUGAUGUCAUGGGCAUGGGCCGCAUGGAGAUGGAGCUCGAUUAUGCCGAAGAUGCUACCGAACGGCGCCGUGUCCUAGAAGUGGAAAAAGAAGACACAGAAGAGCUGAGGCAGAAGUACAAGGAUUACGUUGACAAAGAGAAGGCGAUCGCCAAGGCCUUGGAAGACCUCCGUGCCAACUUCUACUGUGAACUCUGUGACAAGCAGUAUCAGAAGCACCAGGAGUUUGACAACCACAUCAACUCCUAUGACCAUGCGCACAAGCAGAGACUAAAAGAUCUCAAGCAAAGAGAAUUUGCCAGAAAUGUCUCUUCAAGGUCCCGCAAGGAUGAGAAGAAACAAGAAAAAGCCCUGCGGAGGCUCCACGAGUUGGCAGAGCUAAGAAAACAAGCAGAAUGCGCACCUGGAAGUGGCCCCAUGUUCCGACCAACCACGGUGGCUGUAGAUGAAGAAGGAGGAGAUGAGGACAAGGACGAAUCAGCCACCCACAGCACCUCAGGGGCUGCCGCAGGGUGCAGCCUGGGCCCCGAGUUCUCCACAGAGAAAGGAGGCUCCUUCACCACAGUUCCAGGCACCAGUUCUGCGGGGUUGGCUCUGGCUUCCGGGCCGGCUGCCCAUGGCAUCAGUUUUGGCUUCAAGAACAACCUGGGGACCCCGCUGCAGAAACUGGGGGUGUCGUUUUCCUUUGCUAAGAAGGCUCCAGUCAAACUUGAGUCCAUAGCUUCAGUUUUCAAGGACCAUGCAGAGGAAGGGUCCCCUGAGGAAGGGACAAAGCCGGACGAGAAGGGCUCUGAUCAGGGGCUGCAGAAGGCAGGGGACACGGACGGGGGCGGAAGCACCGAUGGCAAGAAGGAGGACGAGGACCCACAGGACAGCGGGGCCCUGGCCUCCACACUGUCUAAGCUGAAGCGGAUGCGGCGGGAGGAGGGCGCUGGCGUGGCAGAGCCGGAGUAUUACCACUACAUCCCGCCAGCGCACUGCAAGGUGAAGCCCCACUUCCCCUUCCUGCUCUUCAUGCGGGCCAGUGAGCAGAUGGAGGGUGAGGCCAGUUCACACCCCAAGGGCACCCCAGACAGCAAGAAGAAUGGCUCCCCCAAGCCUAGGGGCUGUGCCAGGGCAGCCCCCAGCCAGGCAGCAGAGCCCAGGGCCAGCGAGGGCUUGGAGCCACCAAAGGAAACAAAAGAGGCCACAGCAGUAGCUGGGCCGGAGCCCAACCAGCCCCAGGGCAGAGCCGAGGCCCGGAAGGCCCCCAUGAGGGUUGCUGUGGAGCAGGACCCGCUGACAUCUGAGGCGCAGCCGGCCGAGCCCGAGCCCGCCAAAGAGCCCUGCGUGCCUGGCAGCAGUGCAGCAAGGAGAGACAGCCAGGAGGGUCCCCGGCACCCUACCGGACCCUUCUUCCCCGUACUGAGCAAGGAUGAGAGCACGGCCCUGCAGUGGCCUUCGGAGCUGCUCAUCUUCACCAAGGCCGAGCCCUCCGUCUCCUACAGCUGCAACCCUCUCUACUUCGACUUCAAGCUCUCUAGGAACAAGGACGCCAGAGCCAGAGGGGCAGAAAGAGCCAAGGAGGCGGGCGGCCCCUCCAGGGAAGCCCUCCCAGGCCCUGAGGCCCGCAGGCCGAGUGGGGACAGGGAUGCGGGUGAGCCCGAGGCAGACAGAGCUCCGCCUGCUGCUGCUUCUGGGGGGCCCGAGCUGGAGCCCCAGCACGCGGGGCAGAGCCUGGCCGGACAGAAGGAGCGCCCUGGGCGGGCGCACCGACACAAGAAGAAGAGGAAGCAUAAGAAGUCCGGCAAGCACAAGCGCAGGCACAAGGCGGACCCCGACAGCUGGCAGCGCAGCCGCAGCUACAGCCGGGACCGAAGCCGCAGCGCGCGUAGCCCUUCCCAGAGGUCAGGCUCCAGGAAGGGGUCGUGGGGCCACGAGAGCCCUGAGAGCAGGCGAUCCGGCCGCCGGGACUUCAUCCGCUCCAAGAUCUACCGCUCUCAGUCCCCCCACUAUUUCCGGCCAGGCCGGGGAGACUGCUCUGGGAAGAAAGAGGACGGUAAAGCCGCGGGCCCACCCUCCCGGAACAGCAGCACGGGCGGGGGAAGAGGCUCAGAGAGUGACUGUGGCCCUGAGGAUAAGAACUCUGUCACUGCUAAGCUGCUCCUGGAGAAGGUCCAGUCCAGGAAAGGGGAGCGGAAGCCCAGCAUGGGCGAGGAGGUGCCGGCCACCCCCAGUAAGGCUGGGCUCAAGCUCAAGGACCCCCCGCAAGGUUACUUUGGGCCCAAGCUCCCCCCUUCUUUGGGCAGCAAGCCUGUCCUCCCACUGAUAGGGAAGCUCCCGGCUCCCCGAAAGCCCAACAGAAAAUGUGAGGAGUCUGGAGGAGAGAGGGGGGAAGAGCAAGCCCAGUCCGAGACGGAAGAGGGUCCCCCUGGGAGCGGACGCCAGUUCCCAGCGGAGGACACCGGCCCCCUAUCUGACCUGCCCCCAGGAGAGCCAAAGUCCAAAGAAGCUGCCGCCGAGCACCCUGUGGCCCCGCUGGGCACCCCCGCGCACUCUGACUGCCACCCCGGGGACCCAGCCGUCCCCCAUAGCUACCUCCCCGACACCCUCGAUGGGGAGGCCUUGGAGGGUGGCGGCCGGCCGGGCCCCAUGGACGCUGGCUUGCUGCCCACGGCCCCUGACCUGGAGCACUUUCCCGGAGGUGAGCCCAGUGGCGAGUCCCCGGAGGGCGUGGAGGAUGCCUCACUGGCGCCCCUGGAGAGCCAGCCCCUCACCUUCACGCCGGAGGAGAUGGAGAAGUACAGCAAGCUCCAGCAGGCCGCGCAGCAGCACAUCCAGCAGCAGCUGCUGGCCAAGCAGGCGAAGGCCUUCCCUGCCUCCGCCGCCCUGGCCCCUGCCGCCCCCGCCCUGCAGCCCAUCCACAUCCAGCAGCCAGCCGGGGCCUCAGCCACCUCCAUCACCACGGUGCAGCACGCCAUCCUGCAGCACCAUGCGGCUGCUGCCGCUGCUGCCGCCAUAGGCAUCCACCCCCACGCCCACCCGCAAGGAGGCUUCCACGUGGCCCGGGGAGAGGGUCCCCUCGUGGCCGGGCUGUGA